AUGUCGAACUCUCGAAAGGAACUUCUUCGGAUGUCUCAAAAGCUCGGAAGCUCAUCCUUGGUGAGCCCUCAGGCCUCAGCUCUCGCACAGCCUUCGAUGUUAGAACACGGAGACGCGCUGAAAUCGAGAAUUCCGCCGCUCGACAUCAUCCUUUAUGCCAUCAAAGGCAUUCUCUAUCCUACACCCAUCUACGAGCAGAUACCGGGCCUCAUUCGUUUGCUCACCAUGGCCGAAUUUCAUCGACUCCGCGCUAUCAAUAUAGCGAGCAAUGCUCUUUCAAUCCAGAGCUACUAUCAAGAUAACCCAGAUCCCAGUGUCAUGCUGUUGAGUGACGAAACUGAAGGUUACUUCAAGGCUUUUGUGGACACUGGCUCAUCAGCUGAAUGGCGCGCGAUGUUCAUGAAACUUCUAUCCAUAUGCUGCGCGAUUGAUGUCCUUCAAGUGUGGUUUCACGACUCCGAUACCGAUUUCUGGCUUCGGUGGAAUGAAUACUUCGCUGUACUCGACCCUUUAGCAGAAAAACCUGCUAAGCUGUCGCACAUUUUUCAUUAUGCACUUUCCACGCAUGAUAUCGACCAACUUCGUGCUGCAGCAUCUCACUGCGUGGGCCUCCUUGAACAUGCCGAAGAUGAACAAUUACUCUAUGCCCUUUCCAGUCAGUCCUACGAAAAGGUCCUUCAAACGGAGGAACUACAAGAGCGGCAGCAUCUUCCCAAGAUGGACGCUCCCUUUCAGAAAGUGGUGGAAAGCUACUUGGCUACUGUCCAUGGUGUUGUCGAAUAUGUCACCGGCACGCUGAAGGACGAGCAGCAGUAG